AUGUCAGACUUGCACAAGGCAUUUUUACAAAGAGUCAAGAAAAAGGAAGCAGAGUUGGGUCUACUGGUGUUGGAAGAGGACCCGGUAAGUGAAGAUUCCAAAAGUGCCGAGGAAGAAGAUACUAGUCAAACUGAUCAAACUAUUGUGAGAGAAUAUGAACUGUUCAAGUCCGAGUACUUUAUCACUGAAGAGUAUGCUAAUGGACUGUUAUCAUUCAAGACGUACUUUAUGGCUUCUAAAAAGCCCGGUCCAGUAUUGAUAUGUGGCCAUGGAGCUGGAUCUUCAUCCAUGUCAUUUGCUGAGUUGUGCCGCAAUAUUACGGAUGAGACUAUUAGCGUCUUUUUGUAUGACAUGAGAGGCCAUGGCGGCUCACACGGAGAACUCGACUUUGCAUUAGAUACACUAGUUGCAGAUUUUGACUUUAUAUUGUGCGAGUUUAUUUCUAGACACCAUCCUUCUGCGGUGUUUUUGCUAGGGCAUUCGUUGGGAGGGGCAAUCUUUGCGAAAUACGUGAAUACCCACCCACAAGGUAUUGUCAAAGGCUUGAUACUUUUGGAUAUUGUGGAGGAAACGGCUGUAAGCUCACUAAAUGUCAUGCCCUUUUUCCUUGAAAAGUUGCCGUCGUCAUUCCCCAGUAUAUCAAAGGCGAUUGAUUGGCAUUUGAAUUUCCUACUUUUCAACGAAAAGUCAGCUAGGUUGAGCUUGCCGGACAUAUUCAAUUUAGACACAAUGACAUGGAAAACGGAUUUGAAGCAGACUCAACCCUACUGGAACACGUGGUUCGUUGGUCUAUCCAAGAAUUUUCUCAACUUUCCCAAGGCCAAACUUCUCAUACUAGCUGCCCAUGAGACCUUGGAUAAGGAGCUCAUUAUAGGACAGAUGCAAGGCAAAUACGAGUUAGUUGUGUUUAACAAUAGCCAGAAAAGCGGACAUUUUGUUCACGAGGAUUUACCAAAACAUGUUGCUCUUCGUGUCCAGGAGUUUAUAUGCAAGGUGGCUGCUCCUGAAAGGUACAUGAGAGAACAUCUCGGAGUUACACCCAAAUGGGGAGGUAAGGUUACGUAA